CAAUAUGUUAGUAUAAGGAAACUCUUUAAACUUUUCAUAUUUAUUAUAAAAUUGUACAAUACUGUUCUAUUAAAAUUAAUAUUUCUUCAUGUCAGCAGUAAAAAUGAAGAUUCAAGAAGACAAUAUUACAACGUAUCUGACAAUGAGAAGUCACUUUAAAAAGAUAUAUGAUGUAAGACCUAGAGUAAACUGUUGGUCAGAAGCAUGCCCAAGUAAAAGAUUAUUAAAAAAUACUAUCAAUAUUCGUGAUUUUCAAGUUCUACCACAUUAUUGUAAUUCGACAAUUAGUUCUACAGCAAAAAAAUCAAAACAACAAAAAUAUGAUAAUAGUAAAUUAUCUCGCCCACCAUCAAGCAAAAAGAAAUCCAUAAAUAGAAACUUAAACUAUGAAUGUGCAUAUAACGAUGACGAUUUCGGGUUUGGAUCAGUUGAAAAUAGCAAUCGAAGAUAUUAUACUCCCGAUACCCACCAUUCCAACCUUCCUGAAAACGCGCCUAAAAUAUUAAACAGCCAGCAAAAUUCGUUACAUUUAGAUCAUGUGAAAGAAACAACCAAAAAAAAAGAUAAGUUUUUUCAAAAUACAAUAGAUGAAUCAUACCAACGAUUUCUUGAAGAAAUGACAAACGAAGUAGUAAGACUUGACUUGUCCACAGAUAAAGCAUUAAAAAAUGUUUUUCGUAAACAUAUAAAACAUAACAUUGGAAAGCUUGAUGAGAAAAAAAUGAUGGCUGAAGUGAUGAAGGUACAAGCACUAUUGGAUUUACCGUUGGACAAUGAUGAUCGAUAUUCUGGUAUUGAUGACAUACCCACACCUCCAACGAAUAAUGCAAAUAAUCAACACGAUUUACCCGCAUUAAAAUCUGUAAAAUAAUUUUUAAAUGAUCGAGAUUCAUAAAAUAAUGUGUACAAUUAUUUAUUUUUUAUGCUUGAAAAGCACUAGAUAGAAUCGCAGGUUGUUACGUCUUGUUUGUCUAACGAUUAAUAACGAUUAAUUAAUCUUUAUAGAUAUAUAUUACUGUAUUCUAUUAAACUAUUAAUUAUUAUUAUUAUUUUCUAAAUUAUAAAUGAACAGCAAUAAUUAUAGUUAUAUAGUGUGUUCAAGUAGUUUUGUGUAUUGGAUUUUGAUAUUAAUUACAUAUUAUUAUAAUUUAUCUGGACCAUAAAGAACAUACCUAUAACCUACCUAUUUAAGAUUAAUUUUUUAAAUCCUUUACUCUUUUUCUGUGUAUUGGACUAUGUGAGAAGAGAAUCAACUUUGAAUUUUUAAACGGCAACAACCAUUUUAGAUUCUGUUUGGAGUGACAACUAUUGAAAUAUAUUGAUUUGACAAUGAUAACUAUUUUUGUUUUGUGUCAUUUCUUUUUGGAGCAGUAACAAUACUUCAAUUUUUAACUUUAAGGGUAGUGAGUGACUAGUAGCAAUUUAGCAUAUUGGAUCUAGUUUGUAGUUAUGUGCUUU